UGCAUUUUUCUUCAAAUGGUUAUAUUCUGCAAGGAAAGAAGACCAGCAUACCUGGGUCCUAGAGCCCCUUUUAAUCUUAGCAGCAACCCCGUGAGAUCAUUUCAACUGAGGCCAGCCUGCAGCUCCCUAACAAGCUUUCAGGCUGGCCACGAGAAAGGACAAGAAGUUGAAGAGGGAGUCGAGCUGCCGGAAGGUUUCUUUUCUGCCCCAGUAGAUGGCACAAAUGCAGACGAGCAGACGGCCGUGGCCAUCGCCAGUGUCCAGCAGGCGGCCUUCACAGAUCAUAACAUCCAGUACCAGUUCCGCACAGAGAACAAUGGAGGACAGGUGACAUACAGAGUCGUUCAGGUGACAGACAGUCAGCUGGAUGGACAAACAGACGCAACAGGGGCAGUCAGCGUGGUCUCCACGGCAGCCUUCACCAGUGGCCAACAAGCUGUUGCUCAGGCUGUGAUCCAGAAUCCGUUCAGCAAUGGCGGGAGCCCAGCCACGGACGCCGUCAGCGGGGAGGCACGUUUUGCCUACUUCCCUGCCUCGACGGUGGGGGAUGCCACGGCAGUGUCGGUGCAGACAACGGAUCAGUCGCUCACACAGGCUGGAGGCCAAUUCUACGUAAUGAUGACCCCGCAGGACGUGUUGCAGACUGGAACGCAACGGACGAUCGCCCCUCGGACCCACCCUUAUUCCCCAAAAAUGGACGGGACGCGGACGCCGCGGGACGAGAGGCGAAGAGCCCAGCACAAUGAAGUUGAACGGAGGAGGCGGGAUAAGAUCAACAACUGGAUCGUCCAGCUGUCGAAAAUCAUUCCAGACUGCAAUACAGACAACAGCAAGACGGGGGCGAGUAAAGGUGGCAUCCUCUCUAAAGCCUGCGACUACAUCCGUGAAUUGCGCCAGACGAACCAACGCAUGCAGGAGACCUUCAAGGAAGCCGAGAGGCUUCAGAUGGACAACGAUAUGCUACGACAGCAGAUUGAGGAGCUGAAGAACGAGAACGCCCUCCUGAGAGCGCAGAUGCAGCAACAUGGGAUCGAGACUGUGGGGGACGCCCCAGGGCAGUAACACACACACACACAAACACACCUUUGCUUUGCCACUGCCUCUCCGUACGGGAUCUCCACCUCCAGUUCGACCGGUCCUUUUUGUAUAAAGAAAACGCCUCUUUCUGAACGAACUUUGGCUGGAUCCCUCUCGUUGGGUUGCGGGGGAGAUGAUGGAAGGGAGGGGAAACUUUGUGUGGGGAGGGGGAGUCAGAGAGCCUGCUCACCUGGACAAUUGGCCACACCUGCCCCCCCAAAACACCCGUCCGACUCCCCUGGCCCUCAAAUCCAUCCCCUGAAAUCCUGCUCCCACCCUCCUUCCCUUUCCUUAGGAUAUAUUAAUAUGAAACAGACAAGACCUACAUUUUUAUAGUAGAUUUUUAACACAGGUUAGCUGAUUUUUUUUUUUUUUACUUUUUCCUCUUUGUUGGAUCUCUGGGCAGGGGUAUUUC